AAAAUAUUGGAUUUUUCUGUAAAAUUCAAAAUAAACUCGAAAAUAUCAAGAAAUAUAGCUUAUUUAAGCGUUAAAUUAUGUUUAUUUUAAACUUAAUACGCCGAUUAACAAGUUUUUAAUGUAGUAAAGUGAUUUAUUAUUCCCGUUUAGUCGUACGUUGAUGAUAUAAUCUCUACAGAAAUGGCAGCGAUGGAAGCUGUUGACCCGGUACCUGAUCCUCUAUCUGACAAGCCAGAUGCAGGAACCCCUGAAGAAAUAGUCGUUAAGUGUGAAAUCAUAGAGAUCUCAGAUGAUGAAGUUGAAGAGCAGCCUAAGAAAAAGCGUCGCCGUGUGCCUUCCAAGCAGCUUCAUUACUGUGAUCAAUGCGAUAAGUCAUUUAAAACUGGAUAUGAAUUAAGAAAACAUCAACGAACACAUACUGGUGAACGCCCCUACAUGUGCACAUAUUGUGGCAAGACGUACAGUCAACCUGGUCACUUAAAAACCCAUGCGUUAAUGCACAAAGGGAUAAAAAAUUUCGAAUGUACAGAAUGCGAUUCCGCUUUCUACAGAAAGGUGGAGCUGGAACGACAUAUGUUGGUGCAUACAGGUGAAAAACCAUUUCAAUGCGAGAUCUGCGCAAAGGCAUUCACACAAAAGAAUAACCUCAAAAUGCAUAUGAAAAUGCAUCUAGGUGAUAGGCAACACGAAUGUACGGUGUGCAAAAAACGCUUCAUAACGAGGAGUAAAAUGAACCAGCAUAUGAAGAAACAUGAUAGAGAUAAGAAACCCGGUUUGGUUAGGUACCAAGAUGAAUUGGAAUCUGAAUGAUAUAUAAUGAUUAGUGAUGAUAUGAAUGGUACAUAAUGUUAAUAAAUAA